AUGGCGGCGCCCAAGGAUCCCUUGUCCAUGAGGUGUCCUGAAUCAAUGGCAGCAAUAGCGGCUUCCGCAAGCGGUCUGGGGACUCGGGCCCCAGCAGCCCUGACCCUACGGGUGGUGGCCGAGUGCAGCCGCAGUAAAGCUCGGGCAUGCGAGCUGCACUUGCCACACGGCACGGUGGCUACGCCGGUAUUCAUGCCCGUGGGGACGCAAGGGACCAUGAAGGGAGUUACCGCGGCACAGCUGGACAAUCUGGGCUGCCGCAUCUGUUUGGGCAACACUUAUCACCUAGGCAUGAGGCCGGGUCCUGAACUCAUACAGAAGGCAAGUGGACUUCAUGGCUUUAUGAACUGGAACAGAAACCUGCUCACGGACAGUGGUGGCUUCCAAAUGGUGUCUCUGCUGGCUUUGUCUGAAGUGACAGAGGAAGGAGUGAGAUUCCGUUCCCCAUAUGAUGGUGCUGAGAUCCUGCUGAGCCCGGAGAAGUCUGUGGAGAUUCAGAAUGCCCUGGGCUCAGACAUCAUGAUGCAGCUGGAUGAUGUGGUCAGCAGCACUUGGACAGGCUCCCGAGUAGAAGAGGCCAUGCACAGGUCCAUCCGCUGGCUAGACCGGUGCAUCUUGGCCAAUCAACGACCUGACCAGCAAAAUCUUUUUGCCAUCAUCCAGGGUGGCCUGGAUCCUGCUUUGCGGAGCAAGUGCCUUGAAGAGAUGACCAAGAGGAAUGUGCCAGGCUUUGCCAUUGGGGGACUGAGUGGGGGUGAGAGUAAGGACCAGUUCUGGAAGAUGGUGACACUGAGCACAGACCGGCUGCCUCGAGAGAAGCCACGUUAUCUUAUGGGUGUUGGCUAUGCUACUGAUCUGGUGGUCUGUGUCGCCCUGGGAUGUGACAUGUUUGACUGUGUCUUCCCCACACGCACAGCGCGCUUUGGAUCUGCCCUUGUCCCCACGGGGAACCUCCAGCUGAAGAAGAAGCAGUUUGCAAAGGAUUUCCGACCCAUUGAUGAGGCUUGUACCUGCCCUACCUGUCAGAGGCACACCCGGGCCUUCCUCCAUGUCCUACUGCACAGCAACAACACAGCUGCCUUGCAUCAUGUCACUGUACACAAUAUUGCCUACCAGCUGCAGCUGAUGAAUGCUAUCCGGACCAGCAUCAUGGAGCACCGUUUCCCAGAAUUCGUCAGGAACUUUAUAAAGACCAUGUAUGGGGAAGUGAGGCACUGCCCAGCUUGGGCUGUGGAGGCCCUACAGUCAGUGGGCAUCUCUUUAAGCUGACCACUAUCCAGGGCCCCAAGCAGAGCCUUGCUCCUGGUCUGGGGUAGCUUUGGGGACAGGAGCAUUCCCUCUAGGAGUUAAAGCCAGGACUCUGUGUGAAGGAGUCACAUGUGUUGGCCCAGGCCCCAGGGUAAAAGACUGAAGUGGCUUUUUAAAAAUAAUAUCUCUGUGUUUGUGUAGGUCUUUUUGUCAUCCCCCCAAAGCAGGGGGUAGAGGGUGGGGUGGUGGAUGUGGAUCUGUCUCUCCCACUCGCAUUUAUUCUGUAAGAAAACCUUUUUACAUGACUACACAUAUAUAACUGAUAUCAGGUUGCUUACCUUCUCCUUGGAUGGGUCUGGAGAAAGAGAAUUUUGAAAAAAAUAAAUGUUCAAGAUAAAUAAAUGGGGAAAAAGAAAAAAAAUGCAAGAAAGGAAGAAGGUUCCAUGAAGCAAGAACUAGGAGCCUAAUGGAGAAAGGAGGAGUUGAAAUUAAGGUGAAGGGAUUAGCUUUGACAGAGGAGGCAGACAUAACUUUGAGACCUGAAGGAACAAGGUGAGGAUGGGGCGGAGACAGGUGGAGAGUUCAGGUGCUCACAUCUGCUAGCAUCAAUCCUCAUAGGAAGGAAGGAAGAGAAAAAAGUUUUGAAUAGCUGUGGGGAAUAUGACUGGGUUCAAGGAGAGGUGCAUGUGAGGUUUUCAGUGUUCAUUUCAUUUCAUAUCGAAGGUUCAUUUCAUCCUGGACAGCAUGUUUGAGUACAUUCAAUGUGACUUUGUGACUUUUCACCAACACUGAGCAAUUUAAUAGCAUGAGUGGAGUUGGAUGGAUUGUGGGGGGAACCUGGGGCUAGAGAUUAGCAGGGUAGGAAUAAUGAUAUCUAGCAUUUAUAAAGCAUUUUAAGGUUUGCAAGUGCUUUACAAAUAACUCGGUUCAUCUUCACAAUAAC